GGAAUACGGAUAGGAAAAUGUUUAUUUGGGCAUCAGAUUCAUCGAGAAUCCAAGCAAACGUUUCGUGGGUGGUGGGCAGCCACUUAGGUACUUUAUUUUUAUCCUACAAGUGGCAGAACGCGACCUUCUGAUCUAAAUACAGCAUUGACGCCUUCGAGUUGUUUAUCGGAAAAGUCAGUGCAUUCAUGUUGAGCCUUGAUUUCCAUAUUCACCUCCCCGAAGCAAAACAUAAAGAAAUCUGAUGAGCAGUAACACAGGAAAGAACGUCUGUGGUCAAGUUGAAGGAUGUCUGAGCUGAUCCCGCUUUGUCUAGAUCACAGCUGGCUUGUGGAGGAUGCCCAAAGAACCCAAUGAAUCAUCAAAUGAGGAGGGAAAGAAGGUCGACGAUAAAGGGUCAGAAGAUUCCACAGGCCAGACAGAUGGAUCAGAAGAGCUGCUGCGUAAAAGAAUCAGAACGAACACGCCGAGUCCUCACCGACAGACUCCUCCGUCCAGCCCGUCCAAGUUCGUGUCCGUGGAGGAGCUGAUGGAGACGGCUAAAGGCGUGACUAACAUGGCGUUGGCUCAUGAGAUCGUAGUGAACGGUGGCUUCCAAAUCAAACCCACUGAGCCUGCUGAGGGAAGUUUAGAGAAACGAGUUAAGGAAAUUGUGCACAAAGCAUUCUGGGAUUGUCUUGAAGCCCAGCUGAAUGACGACCCACCUGUCUAUGACAAUGCUAUCAAACUGGUUGGGGAAAUUAAAGAGACGCUGCUGUCCUUCCUGAUGCCAUACCAGACACGUUUGAAAGGACAGAUAGAGGAGGCACUGGACCUGUCGCUCAUCCAGCAGCAGGCGGAGAACGGUGCCCUGGACAUCAGCAAGGUGGCUCAGUUCAUCAUCAACACCAUGGGCGCCUUCUGUGCGCCGUGUAGGGACGAAGAAGUCCGCAAACUGCGGGACAUCACGGACAUCGUGCUUCUUUUUAGAUCUAUUUUUGCAGUGUUGGACAAAAUGAAGAUUGACAUGGCCAACUUUGCUGUCAGUAGUCUCCGGCCGCACCUGCUGCAGCAUUCCGUGGAGUACGAGAGGAACAAGUUUCAGGAGUUUCUCAACAAACAGCCUAAUGCUCUGGAUUUCACUCAGAAAUGGCUGCAGGAGUCGGCGGACUCGGUGCUCAGCAGUGCUGUAGGGGGCGCUGCAAGCUCGCCCAGCUCGUCCUCGCAGCUGCUGCUGAACGUGCACAACCACGCCUAUUUACGACUGCUGCACUGGGAGCACGGCAUGGACACUUUCCCUGAGACGGUGAUGAUGGACCGCGGCAGGUUUCUGGAGAUGCAGUUGGAGCUGGAGCGCUUGGCUUUGGUGGCGUCUGUGCUGCUGAUUGUGUAUAACAGUGCGGGGGAGGCGAUCUCAGGGCUGCCGGGCCUGGUGGACACGCUGAAGAACACAGUCAAGAUCCUGCUGGCUGAUAUGCACACUCCGUCUUUCAAAGCAGACGAGACGUUCACCGCCAUCGGGGAGAAGCUGUGUUUGGAGCUGGGUGAAUGUCUGACUCAGCAUGGCUACUCACCUUUUCACCCAGACAGACAGAAUGCUCUGAAAGGCCAGAUCGCAGCUGUCAAGUCCCAAGAUAACCCUAUCCGUAAACUCGUCGAUUCUCGGAUCCAGACCUACCUCCUGGGCUUCUUGGAACCGGGUCCUCACAGGAGCCCGCCGGCUGUCCCCGGAGGUCUGGUUCCCAUCAGCAAAGAGCUGGAGGAUGUCGGGAUCAGACUCAGCCACCUCGUGAACUUCAACAAGCUCGUCUACUCGCCGUUCUACCGGAAACUCCUACAAGACGUCGUUCAGGCCGGGGGAAGCGCAGCCACUUAGGCAGCGUCAAACAAAACUGACGACUAGAAUGAACCAGGCACCCUACCGUAGGGUCCUAGAAACAACUGGGUUAAUGGAUUUGCUGAUUAUCUCCCCAAAGCUCACCUGCUGUCAACACUAGCAAAGGGUUUAUAUCACUGAUUAAACAUUUAGAGCCUCCUAUCCUGCCGUUAUAUUAUCAGGGAUCAGUCAGUUGAGCUUAAAGAAUUGGUAUUAAAAAAAAAAAAAACAACAACAACAACCAAAAACUUAUUUUUCAUUCUUGCUUUUGUUCUGUGCCAGUUGAAGGUGUGGAGGGUGGGUAGGGUUUUUAAUGUUUAAAUAACAUUAGGAGCUCAUAAUAAAUCAGUUUCUGUUAUUAAACAAGUCACUGACUGACGUCUGUUGUAAUAUAGUGCGUUCGGACAGGCUUGUGAAUUAGUUUUACGCGGUCCAAGUUGUGAAGACGCUGUUGCUAAGCAACUGGGAAACAUAGAUGCUGAGUAAAGCUAACUACUGACUGAGGAUAACGGCUUAGCUAGCUAGGACGUAGCCGAUGAGGACAGUGUAAAGGCAUAGCGACAGCGGAGAUGACAAAAAUCAUCAAGAAUAUCAACAUUACAUUUACGAUGUAAUUACGCAUCGACCGCAAAACCAAAUGACCGUGGAUUCCACCAUGUUGAGGAACCUUGAAAUUCUGAGCUAUCAGUUGAUUUUGACUUUGUAAUGAAUAGGGUUUGAACACGGCAUAGCUGUUGUGGCUUUUCAGAAGUCAUCUGUGUUUAAAAGAGCCACUGAAAUGACAUGUGGCCAUGAAUUAUUAUAUGGAGGCCAUGAGAUAAUAAGUUGAGGGCUUGAGUUAAGCUUUUCGAGAUCUAUUUCAUGGACACAAAGUGCUUAACCCAUAGCAGCUAUUAUAUAUUAAAAUGACUGAGACAGAGAAAUCAAUUCAUUUAGACCGUUAUGGUUACAGGAACCUAAGAAUGUAGAUGAUUGAUAAUAUUACGCUUCAACCUUGGAAUGAGGCGUAAACACAUACUGGAGUCUCUGAUGUUGUGUCACUUUGUGCAAAUUCUCCAAAAUAUGUUUCACCCGUUCCUGACAAGUAAGUAACUGGAGGUUAUGUGUUAAGUCGUGGGCUCAAGUUGCACAAUUCAUGACCAUGAUUUAGUUAUCUCAUGACCUCAGUAAUAAUUUGUGGCCUCAAAAUAUUAUCUUUAGUACAAAAUAACCACCACGUCACCUCAGCAGCUCUGUAAAAUUCCCAUAAAUGCGAAGAAUUUGCUAAAACCAUCCAUCUGGGCUGUUUUACUAAACCCCCCCCACACACACACCUUUGAUGAUGAAGUACUGUAAAUAUGAUUUCUUCAUAACUUCCCUGUACAACAGUUUAAAUGUUACAUUAUUGAGUUACAUUAUUAGAUUCUUAAUCAAAGUCGCCCACGUGAGAUCCCGGUGUGUGCACAGAGAAAGCUGCCUUUUUUUUCUUUUCUUUUUUUUUUUUUAUUUUGAGUGUGUGAUGGUGUACAGAAUCUGAUUGGUGCCUUACUCAGUGGAGGGCCGGCCUCGGUUAAAUGUGCGCUGCUCUCUUCCCCGUUUAGCUUCGCGCUGGUUGUAAUCGUUCCACGUUUCCGGAAAAGGAGACCCUGAGUAAUCUUUUUAAACAACUUCUUUUUUCUAGAUAACAUUUUUACGCAUGUUUUACAAAGAGGUCAUUUUCACAUUGCUGUUUGUGUCUCUGUCCCACAUUGUUACAAUGCAGUAUUUAAAGAGAGAGAGAAAGAGAGAGAGAAUUGUUCUAUCAGCAACUUUAUCUAUAUAAAAUGGACUUCAACACAUGAACAACUGACUUGAGCACACACAUCGCUCUGUGAUGUAAAUUCUCGGUCUCGACAGAGUAAUUAUGAUUAUUUAGUAUUUAUGACGGGGCCAAGACAUUAAAGGCGAUGGUGUAUUUUAACUGUUCCUGUAGCAUUAUCUUACCAAACCGUGUGUUUAUGAGACACGUUUGCAACAGACACUGAGUCUAUUCGCAGUUACAUGCUGUAUAGAUGUUUCUGCUUAUCAUCACUGUGUACCGUAAAGGUUGUUUUGUUAUGUGUCAGAAAUUCACAUCUUUAACCCAGUAGCUUUCCUUAAUAAACAGGACUGCAACCAA